AUGGCCUUAUUCGCAAGGUCGCUGGGCCGUUCCGCCCGGCUAAUGGCCCGGAGAGCCCCAAUCGCCAUCCCAUACCGUCCUUUUUCCGCCUCAGCUCCGACAUUCUUGCCCGAAGACCCCCCCGACCCCGUUCCUCAGCGAGAUCCUCGCCCCGAAGACCUGCCGCCUGCGCCAGAGUACUCGCCGGAUCUGCUGGCUCCGGAGGAGCGGUCGAUGUAUGAUUUGAUGUCUCCGGAAGAACGCCAACAAUUCGAUGCCGAACAGAGCAAACUUGUGGCACAAUAUAACGACCCUGCAAGGCGAAAGGCCAUGUUUGCGGAUAUUGAACAGGUAGUGAACGAUGUAAAUAAGCGGGAGCCUUUUCGAUUUACGGACCCCCCAGGAAAAGUCCGUGGUUUCUGGACAAGGAAUGAAGAUGAUGAAUUCGGUAUUGUUGAAGAUCAGGACGAUUUCUACGACGACGAAAUCACCUCCGCGGCUCACGCCGAGGUUGAGCUGCAUCGGGAAGUCAGAGAAUAUGCUCGGAUUGCUGCGUGGGACAUGCCACUUCUAAGUAAACUAGCCAAGCCCUUCACUCUUCCACCAGAAACCCACAUCCUCCGCUUCCGUUACACCACAUAUAUGGGCGAAUCCCACCCUGCAGAAAACAAAGUCGUUGUCGAACUAUCCACGGCCGACCUUGUCCCCAAGCACCUCACCGAACAGCAGCGCCUAACCUUCCAGAAGCUCGUCGGUCCGCGCUUCAACCCAGACACGGAUAUUGUCCGCAUGUCCUGCGAGAAGUUCAGCACCCGCGCCCAGAAUAAGCGCUACCUAGGAGACAUCGUCAACACCCUACUCAAGGAAGCGAAAGAAGGCGACUCAUUCGCAGACAUCCCCAUCGACAUCCGCCACCACAAGCCAAAGAAGAGACACCAUUUCCCGGAGUCAUGGGUCAUGACACAGGAACGCAAGAAGCAACUUGAGGCCAACCGUGCCGAGCAAAAGCGUCUUGAGCAAGAAAGGCAGGCUGUCGUGGAUGGAAACUCGGUCAUCGCAGAGGCUGUUCAAGCUCUCCCAUCUCUAAACCCCGCCCUGAAGGCUCAUGCGACUGCAGAGCGUGAGAAGGUUGCUGUGAAAGUCGGAGGUAAAGGUCAGAAGAAGAAGUUACGCUAG